GUAUACAGUCUGUUUUGUUACAGCAAAGAGCGGAACAAUUGAAGCAAGCUAGUGCAGUCAGCCGAGCACGAUUUACUGUUGCACACGUUUGUUUUGUUUUAGCCUUCUAUAUACAGUCUAUGGUUUUAGCCUAGCCACAACCUCGAAGCUGCAACAUCUUUUAAACCAUAAGUGCCGCUGAACUAAUACUAAAACAUAAUGAAACCCGCAGUGGACGAGAUGUUUCCUGAAGGAGCCGGACCGUACGUGGAUCUGGACGAGGCAGGAGGCAGCAGCGGCCUGCUUAUGGACCUGGCAGCAAAUGAAAAAGCAGUGCACUCUGAUUUCUUUAAUGACUUUGAGGAUCUGUUCGAUGACGAUGACCUGCAGUGAUGAGCAUCAGCAUUUGUGUGUUUCUGUGAACGUGUACAUAAGAAAAGAAAUUAUGAAAAUGGGCUUAUUCUGACUAUGAGUUCGCUCUGAUUUGUACAGCCCCCUCCUCCUACAUGUCACUUACCACCAAACUGAAAUAAAGACUUUUUGUUUUUACAACAAAAAAAAAAGCUGCCGUGGUAAACCAGGUGUCUGAGAAUCCCUUACAUUCCAGCUUUAGAGAAAAUUAUGAGUAUGGUUUUGCCGUCUUCGUGUUUGAAUCUGCUCCUGACUGGAUUGUAGGUUUGUGGGCUCUGCCAAACACCUGUUAGCAAACUUAAUUACAUACGAGAUACAGUGUUAACAUGGCCACAAAAUGUCCAGUUGGGGCACGAUAGGACAGGAAAAGGGGCUGCAAAAAAAUGUGGAAAUGCUUGAAAAAAAUAGAGCAACUAAAGCAUUCAGGUGUAGACUCUACAGGUAUCAUAAAUAGGGAAAAUGGAAUAGCUGUGAUUUGACUUUUAUUUUCAGAUUAGAGUCAUGUGCCUUCAACUAUUUGUAUUGACUGUUUGGAGAUAAAAUUGCAUUGUUUAAUAAACUUUCUCUGAGGUGAUGCAGGCCCACCUAAACCAGCUGCAGGUGUAGGCUUAAAAGAUAAGACUAAGAAAAUAUAAAACUUCAGUUUAAUGUAUAUACACCAUGCAUGUACAUUAGAAUUGUAAACAUAUUGCAGAAUUUACCUCAGAGAUAUAAAGGUAACUGAUCUGGGCAUGUGAUUACAGUUUAAAGAAGCUACAAUCCAUGACCAAAAGUAUGGAUGCCCCAACACCUAUAUCUCAAUUUAUUAAAAGGAUAAUUUGAAUCUGCUGCUAUAACAGCCUACACUCAUCUGGGAAGGUCAGGGCUCUGUGCCGGCCAGUCAAGUUCUUCCUCACCAAACGGAGAAAACUAUUUCUUUAUGGAGCUGGCUUUGUGCACAGUUAUUGUCACAUUAAACCAGGAAAAGGCCUUCCACCAACUGUUGCCACCAAAUAGUAACUUAAAGAGCCCAAAAACAUAUAUUCUAAACCAUCUUCUUACUAUGAGCAACAUAUCCCUACAUAAGCACAGAAAUGUCUGCCAAAAUUGCAACAACUUUGGUUAUUACACAUGAGAAAUUUCUGUAGUUCUUUUUCCCCGGCUACUGGCACUGGUUUGAAGCAGGUGGGGCUCUCUUGG